AUGAGCGCCGCUCGUCCGUCCGUCUCAACGGCCAAAGAGGCCGGCGCUCCGGGCCGACUUGGCGUCGUCAACCUGCUCUUCAGCCCCGGCCACAAGACGAAACGGCCCACGGAGUCGGACAAAAUGUCCGUCUCGACGCCGGCCAGUCUGCCGUCGGACCAGCUCGCGGCCCACCAUCAACCCCACUCGUGCCGACUUCAGCAGGCCGGACUGGUGGUGCAGCGUUCGAGCCCCGGACAGGGUCCGCAGCAGUGCGCCUGUAUCGCGGCCCAGAGACGGCCGGUCGUCAGGGCCCCGCCGCCCUCCCCACUGUGCGCACAGGCCUCCGGCCUCCGCCAGAGAGGAUGCAAUUCCGGCCCGGCCGUGCCUCCGCGCAGUCCCAGC